CCGAGAGGAACGGCAAGGGCAGGCCAGAAAGGAACAGGACGAACGGUAUAAGGUUGGGUGCCUGUUCUCUCGUCCCACUUUGCACCCACUUUGCACCCUCCGUGACUUCUUCCUCCCUCUCUCAUUAACCUCUUGAGAUUCUCGUAAGAGGAACUUGAACAUCUGAGCAGCAAUGAGCGAGCAAAGACGGCUAUUGGCCUAUCACCAAACGGCACCAGCACCAGUCGAUGGCGUUCACCGUAUCGUGCUUGACCGACCAGAGGCGAGGAACGCGAUCUCGCGGCGCUUGCUUGCCGACCUCGACGCUGCUCUCGACUCCGUCCUUGCACACGCCGCCAAGCCCACGUCUUCCAGUAGCUCGCUCCCGCCAACGCCACCGGACUCCGCGCCAGCUUCGAGAGCGGGCUCCAUCUCGGGGCCUUCCUCUGCCUCUACGCAUUUCUCGCCCGCUUCUCUGACAUUUACACCUGCCAGAGCGUCAUCCUCCAACGAGGGCGAGGAGCAGGAAGGAGAAGACGACGAAGACGAUGCAGACACUUCUUCCUCGAUGGCCUCCUCCACCUCAACACUCGUCCACCCUGCGCCUGCCGAUCCGUUACGCUGUCUGAUUCUGGAAUCCUCCUCACCAGCGGCAUUCUGCGCGGGCGCCGAUCUCAUCGAGCGAAGAACCAUGUCCGAAUCAGAGGUCGUCGAUUUUCUGUCCCGGCUUCGGAAGCUCGUGGGUAAAUUGGCCGAUUUCCCCGUGCCGACGAUUGCGGUCCUCCAAGGCUCUGCUCUCGGUGGCGGGCUGGAGCUUGCCCUCGCCUGUGACUUCAGAGUAGGCGGUGGCAAAAGCACGAGCGAAAAGACACGGAUUGGAUUUCCAGAGACGCACCUCGGCAUCAUUCCCGGUGCCGGUGGCACGCAGCGGGCGCCCCGUCUCAUUGGCCUGUCUCGCGCAAAGGAGCUCGUCUACACGGGUAAGCUCCUGGACACGAGAGAGGCGCACGAGUGGGGUAUAAUUGAUCACUUGGCCGACGAGGACGAGGAGGCGAUGCAGCGCGCCUUACGCCUCGCACAGUCUAUGACGAGGAGCGCACCCUUGGCCUUGGCCAGCGCCAAAAAGGCAAUGACAAUCGGGGCGGACCUCGAGCUGGAAAAGGCCCUUGAUUGGGAGGAGAGCUGCUACGAGGUGCUCCUACCUACACAAGAUCGCAGAGAAGCACUCAUUGCAUUUGCAGAGAAGCGAAAGCCCAAAUUUGUCGGACGGUGACAUCUAAAAAUAAAUCUGUGUAUGCCUUCUUUGCAUUGAUUUCAUGAUUUUGCACCAAUAAAGUGUUC